CGACUCUCAAACGAUUUGAGGUCCUGCAGAGCUGUCAUCCGCGCUGAACAUAGUACAUGCCUUGACUAGACCUAUAAUAUACAGUGUGCGUUACACCUGUUUCGUGAAAUCAUUAUCACAGUAUAGCUUCUGCUACCAGAACACACCAGGCAUAACUCAUCAAUUAAUCUCCCGAUAUAUUUACCAGUGACAGAUAUUAGAUUGUACAACGGUAGAACACAAUACUUCGAAUACUGAUCAGUCAUCUGAUAUAUUAGCCAACAGUUGUGAAACCAAGAUGGCGUACGUCUACUCCAAUGCUCUUCAUGUUUCCAUAGCCUUAUUGCUUCUUGGUCUUAUCCAGAUUGCUUUGGAAGUCAGUUGUUUCUUUGGCUGCUAUGCAGGUUAUCAAUAUACAUACGCCUCACCGGGAUGGAGCGGAGUCUUGGCUUUUCUGACUGGUGUAUUUGGUAUCUGUAUGGUUCGAUAUUACAAAGAAAUGAUCUUGGGUAAAUGUUUCUUUAUCUUUAGUCUCCUCGUCUUGUUCGCCAGUGCAGCUUGCCUUUUCCUCGUCGCGUUCUUCGCCUGGCGAGCCGAAUACUCCCUGGCCUACGAUGCUCAAGAGAGGGCGCGUCGACGGGGACGUUCUGAGAAACUAGUAGCUACUGGUCUUGCCAUUCAUACCUGUGUGUUAUGUGUUGGUGUAUGUCUUCUUAUAUCGUCCUGCUAUGCAUCAUGGUUAAACUGCUGCUGUGAGAAAGCACCUACAAAGAAGGGUUACGGUCUUGCAUUGGAACCAGUCCGAGUGGCACAUGGGACAUCUCAUAAUCGUCAUCGGGAAAGCCCCUAAACCAAUUGGUCGACUGGGGACUCCCCUUUUCAUAGCCAUCGGGGGAAUCCCCGAGGCUAGUGGUCGACAGGGGAAUUCCCCAUAAGUGACGUCGUCAUCAUCAAUGCCAAUGCCCUGAUGCAUUUGAUUAUUAUGGUGGAAGCUGAUUGACUAUUAUGUCUGAAAAUGCUUUGUAUUUAUUUCAAGACAAGAAGGAAUAGGGGCCCGUUUCAUAAUAACUUAAAACAUAGUAACUUUGCCCUUAAUAUCGAAAUACCAUGUAAACUUUUAUUUUAAUUUGCUGCUGAGCAAUGUUAUAAUAUAGUAGUUGCCAAAAUAGCAAAACUGCCAUAUUUGCCCCUGGAAGUACAGUCCCCUCU